CACUAAAGCCUGGCAUUGUGGCAGCCCACAAAAACCCAAAGGCUGGUGUCAACAGUGCAUGCCAGGCACCGACAUUCUACCUUAUCAUGUGCAAGUAACAGAAAAAAAAUAUCUUUGAACAUCUGCUCAAUGUGCAUUGGUGGUGGUGUCAGAACAUGGCACAUGUACUAAAUGGGCAUCAGUACAGCAGGGCACAGCGGGGUGUUUAUGUCGACGUUUAGGCGCCCACAGGUUGCUUUCCGUUGCACACAAUAACAUUUUAGGUUGUUUAAAAACACCGAACCCUUUGGGCUCCUUUUGUUCCGCUAAGGCUAGGAGGGCUCAGGACUGGGCGCUGCUGCGGUCACCGCUAGAGGGCAGCGGCUGGCGCCUUCGAUUCGUUGCCGUUGAGCGCAGGUUAGGUGCGAAAUUGCGGGCUGAGCCCAGUUGUUAAGAAGAAUUUUAUUAAAUGCUUUGGACAUUCCAAGAAUAUAAGUAUAACUUAUAUUGGGUCUAAAGUCCGUAAGACUUUUAAAUACACAGAAGAAGAUAAAACAUCACAAUGAAGUUGGAAAGCCUCAUCACAGCAACUGCCCGCCUCCUUUUGUUAUUUGACCGCCAGCGCAGGGAAUUCGGCGGGCUGAGCGCGGCCUCGGUUUGCCCCGUCGUGUCCAAUGCGUCUCUAAAUAUAAAACUUCAGGGUGCACGGACACCAUGCCAGGGUCAUCCCUGCCUUUGUGUCUUUACUGUCAACAUGACAUCAUCAGACAGUAUAAACCAAAGGGACAGAAAUAAAAAAAGCACAACGUAACAUACAAGCGCACAGCCCUGGACACUUCUGUAUGUCUUUAUCUAGUGUCGCAUCGUUUUAUUUGUCACUUUCAGAGGGAACUUUACAAUCCACGCCAAUUCCCAGACAACACGCCGCACCUGCCGCUCGUUCGGCCGACUCCGCCCCGGCAGCAGACCGCCGCCAAGGCACUUCCGGUGUGUACAACUUAACGGUGGGCGGGGCUUCUGGUAAACGCAAGCGAUCGCUGGCUGACUUGCUUGUCAAUCACUGCGCUGAGCGCUAUAGUUGUUGUUUUUUGGACUCCGAGUCUUUCCUUGGGGCGCAGAUCUGAGGAGGAAGAGGAGCAACGCGUGCCCACCGCUGUCAAGAGGCGCUACAUGGAGGACGGAGAUCCGCCGGAGCUCUACUGUGUCCUGCGCAACAGCCGCGACGACGAGCGCUACCUGUGCAGCGCGGAGCGGAGGGGCGACGACUUCAGGAUUUGCAUUACAGAUGGAGCCGAUGUGUGGACCACCAACUUCAGCAAACAGAAGCUGACCGAGGCGACUCGCACGCCCAGACUGUCCUCUGCCGAGGCCUGCUGCUCUCUCCUCAGGAGCGCCAUCCACAGCAGUGAAGCCCUCCUGACCGUGAAGGAUGCCGAGGCCGUCUUGGAGCUUCAGGAUGAAAUGAGCUUUGACUUGAGCCGACUGCCUCACUCGCAGGUGAAGCCCAAGCUGCAGGCUUUGUUAUUCGGGAUGGCCGAUAGGAUUGGCAGCCUGGAGCUACAAGUGGCAGAGAAGCGGGGCUCACCAGGGAGAGGGGGUGCCCUCACAAGCCCAGAGAAGAGUCUCCAGAGGAGCUGGAUGGCCGAGUUUGAGCCUAGGAAGCCAACAACUGGAGGAGGAGGAGGAGGAAGCAGAGGUGGAGGUUUGUCAUUAGCUGCAGUCAAGAGCCGACGGCCGGGGGACUCUCUCAUCAACCCGGGCAGUAAGAGGAAGAAGGACGCGACAGGAGUGGACUUUGAGGACGAGGCCCCCUGACUCUCCAGACUGCCCAUGAAGAGGUUCAAGGCUGUCGUGCUAACUUUGGACAAGAUGUGAUCUUCACGUCAGCAUCUCAGGAAGGCUCAGAUGAUUUUUUUUUUUUUUUUUUAAAUCACUCCAAUUGUUACUGUGUCACUGCAAAAAAUAAAUAAAAUAAAGUCCACGUCUGCGCCCUCAGUGUGGCUUUGUCACUCAUGCA